AUGGCGUCGUCAUUAAAAGCACCGGAGCCUUUUUCGUUCAGUACCACUGACUUGGCUGCUCAGUGGAGCGUGUGGGUACGACAAUUUAAGUGGUAUGUUGUAGCAACGAACUCGCCUGCUAAUCCACCUGAUGAAGAAACGUUGGUGGGUGUCCUAAUUACUUUACUUGGCAGCGAGGGUCUGAAGAUUUACGACACCUUUGCCUUCACACCAGAAACUGAUUCUAGAAAAAUCGCUCCUGUGCUGGCCAAAUUCACAGAUCAUUUUGAACCAUGUCGCAGUGAGGUGUUUGAGAGAUUUAAAUUUUUGAGACGUCAGCAACUUGCUAGUGAAACGUUUGACACGUGGCUAACUGAAUUACGAGGACUGGUGAGGACGUGUGGGUACGGCGUUAAUACUGAUUCAGUAUUACGUGACCAGAUUGUGUUGGGGAUUGCUGACCCGUUGGUUCGUGAAAAAUUGCUUUUUGAAAAAGACUUGCUGAUCGUCAAAGCGUGUGAAAUCGUUCGAGCGUGUGAGUCAGCAAAGUUGCAACAAACACAGAUCAACACUCCGGCAGUAGAGUCUGCCCAUGCUGUCCAAUCUCGACAAUCCGGCCGGAAACCAGAUCGAAAACCGGGUUCACAAUCAUCAGCAGGUGGUACAUCCGAACAACGCGUUCCAGCAAAUCAAAGACAAUCAGCAGCUAAUUAUUCGUCAGAAGGUCAGUUUAUUUCGUGCAGUGAUUGUGGAAGGCGACAUAAAAAAGGUCAAUGCCGUGUGGACAGCGUUGAGUGUUUCCGUUGCGGUGUAAUGGGCCAUUACGCAAACCGUUGUCCUUCCAGAAAUGCACGUCAGGUGGCACCUCAGAACAACGCGUCUUCACAGCCACCUCCCCCAGGCAGAGUACACACACUUGAAGAACAACAGCAGUGGGUUGGUAAUGUUGAUCAAGGCGGUACAGCCAUGGUAUAUCCACCAUAUCCGCCAUAUCCGCCAUCCCAUCCUUCCCUGUUUGGAGAAGAUUACUUUGUGAGUCAUAUGCUCAAGUCAAGUGUAAAAGGGAGCGAGUGGUAUCAAAAAUUGUCGCUGGAUGGCGUGGAAGUCAACUUUAAACUAGAUUCGGGAGCGACAUGCAACAUUCUGCCCUACGAGUUCUACAGUCGUCUACCUAAACAGUGCCAACGUCUACGCCCUGGUCCGACUGUCCGCAGCUACGGAGCAAAAGGUGGAUUUCUCAAAGUACUGGGUCUGCACACGGCAAAGGUAGAACAUCGAAGCACUGUUUUCGUCACCGACUUUGUUGUUGUCGAAGAACCGGGCCAGCCAGCAAUUUUGGGCUUACGAACGUGUGAAGAACUCAAGCUCAUUCAACGGAUUGAUUCACUGCAUUCUGCGGUCUCUACACAACAGCCACCUAUAGUGCACGAGUUCUUAGAUGUCUUCACUGGCAUAGGUAAAUUACCUGUUGAAUAUGACAUUAAGUUAUUGUCAGGAGCUAACAAAGUUGACCCAGUUAUCUGUGCAGCAGGACGGCUUCCGUUUAAAUUGGAAGAACGAGUCUACAAGAAGCUGGAGGAAAUGGUAACUGAAGGAAUAAUAACGCCUGUUCAAGAACCCACAGAAUGGGUAAGCAGAAUGAUGGUGGUUGGAAAACCGGAUGGAGAUGUCCGGAUCUGUUUGGACCCAUCGGAGCUUAACAAAGCAAUACAACGACAGCAUUUUUCGGUCCCCACUGUUGAACAGCUGUUCAGCAAACUAAGUAAAGCUCGCUAUUUUUGCAGCCUGGAUGCUGCUUCCGGGUUCUACCAAAUUCCCUUGACUAAUGAAGCGUCUUAUCUUUGCACCAUGGCAACACCAAAAGGUCGUUACAGGUACCUCAGGCUGCCGUUUGGGCUGAAAUCGGCCCCUGAAGUUUACCUACAAACUAUGUCCGACUUCUUUGGAGAUUUGAAUGGCGUGUUUAUAUACUUUGACGACUUCCUGGUGACGGGGGAGACCAAAGAAGAACUUCAAGUGAAUCUACGAGCGGUUCUGGUACGUUGUCGCCUACACAACUUAAAGCUACAACUAAAGAAGUGUCGUUUCUUUCUGCAGGAGUUGCCAUGGCUGGGCCAUAUUAUUGGCCAAGGAACGCUGAAACCAGAUCCGUGCAAAAUAGACGCCAUUGUGGAGAUGCCUGAUCCUUCCGGGCCGGCAGAUCUCAUCAGGCUGUUGGGCAUGGUGACUUAUCUUGAUAAGUUUUGCAAGGACCUGGCCGGCUUAACCAGACCGUUACGAGACCUUCUAAAGGCGGAUGCAGCGUGGGUUUGGGAAGAACCACAAAAGAAGUCCCUAGCUGAUUUAAAAAUAGCUCUUUCAUCGCUUCCUGUUCUACGGUUGUUUAACCACUCGCUGCCUGUUGUUGUGUCAGUCGACGCGUCACCUAUCGGUAUUGGAGCUGUGCUACUACAGAGCGGUCAACCGAUUGCAUACUCGUCCACGUCCCUCACCAUCACUCAAAAGCGGUAUUUUCAAAUCGAGAAAGAGCUGCUAGCUGUCCAGUUCGGCUUAAUGAGAUUUCGGCAGUACGUGUAUGGUCAGUCGGUGAUUGUUGAAACUGACCACAAGCCGUUAGUGGGUCUGUUAGAUAAACCAAUAGCGUCCUGCUCUCCGAGGAUUCAAAGAAUGCGGCUCCAAUUACAGCGUUUCGAUUUUAAGCUUGUGUACAAGCCAGGAAAAGACUUAUUUAUAGCAGAUACGCUGAGCCGGGCUCCGUCACCUCGUCUUUUUCAAGACGACACUACGCAAGGCUGUGAAGAGCAAGUGCAUGCAGUACUGGAUUGUGUCAUUCCUUAUUCUACAACUCGAGAAAAAUUUGCAGCAGCAACAGCGGCUGACCCUACACUGAUGUUAGUCAAAGAAGUUCUUGUUCGUGGUUGGCCGGAGCACAAAACACAGUGUCCAGUAGCAGCAAAGCCGUUUUGGGCGGUUCGACACAACCUGGCUGAAGUAGACGGCCUGUUACUCAACGGAGAGAGACUAGUAAUUCCGCUGUCCCUACGGCAGGAAAUACUAAAAGGAAUCCACGACGGACAUUUUGGGGAAGUCAAAUGUGUUUUACGAGCCAGGUCUGCUGUGUAUUGGCCAGGAUGUGACGAGCAGAUACGAAACAUGGUGGCAAGCUGCUCAACGUGCCAAGAACACCGUCAUAAAAAUCCAGCUCAGCCACUGCAUCCAGUAAAAUUGCCGACUCAUGCUUUUCAGCUAGUGUCAGCUGAUUUAUUUUUCUUCAAUGGAGUCAACUACAUUUUAGUUGUAGACGCCUACAGCAAGUGGCCGGCUGCUGUUCCCCUUCGCUCUCUGUCUUGCGCCGCCAGCAUUGCAGAAAUGGAAAGAAUCUUCAGUGACUUCGGAUAUCCAGAGGAGGUGAUGACAGACAACGGAUCACAGUUUGAUUGUGCCGAGUUCCGAGCCUACUGUGUCACUCAUAACAUCCGGUCCGUCUCGUCCAGCCCGUGUUAUCCACAAUCAAAUGGCCUGGUGGAACGCCACAUACAAACAGUCAAGCGGACCAUUCUUAAAAUGUUCAGUGACGGUCGGUCACUAUGGGAGUCGUUGGCGGCUAUCCGGUCAACACCCGUGUCGUCUGACCUUCCGUCUCCGGCAGUUCUUCUCCAGGGUCGGAAUCUGCGCGGUGUUCUUCCGUUUCUGCCUAAUCGACUCGUUCCCCAAUUUAUACCAGCAGCCCUUGUCCACGAACAACUUCAGAAGCGCCAGGCAAAGGCGGCAUUUCAUCAUGGUGGCCGACCGGACAUUCGCGGAUCAGCCCUGUUGGUGGGACAGAGGGUUCGAGCACUGGUGUAUGGUGCGUGGCUACCAGGGUCGAUACUGUCAGUAUGCAAGGAACCGGACUCGUACGUGGUCGCCCUGUCUGAUGGUCGGGUGUUUCGCCGAACUCGUCGAGACAUCAACAUUAACAAUUCCACAACCGCCGGGUUUGGAAUUCGUCUGCCUAGCAACUUCCGUGACACGCUGAUCACCGAUCGCCCGCGUGGUGUAGCACCACAAGUUGCAGCUGUUCCGGCCACCCCAAAUUUUGCAUCGCGAGGAGGAAUGAUGGAAGCGCUGCCGUCUACUCGUGCUCCCGAGGAGUCCACGCCAUCACGUCGUUCCGUUGAGUCUCCAGCCGUGACCGUGAGCGGUCCAGCUCCUCCGGUAGCCAGCUCAACUAAUCAGCCAACUCCUGUUGUGGCUAUCACUCCUGUUCGUGGUUUCACUCGUUCUGGCCGUCCCUAUCUCAAACCUUAA